GGAGGCCGGAAGUAGUCAUCCAGGAGCUAGCAACAGCAUCUUUCGACUAUUCAAUAAGCUAAAAGCUAGCAGUCUAAAUAUACUACAAUUUCCCUUUCGGCACCUAAUUAAUUUGUGUUAUUGAAAAGAGUGCUUCGCAUCAACUCCGAAAAGUCAUGGCAGCGGAUUGGCUGGGUAGUUUGGUGUCAAUUAACUGUGGACCAACACUGGGAGUCUAUCAAGGAGAGGUGGUGUCUGUGGACCAGUCCAGCCAAACCAUCUCCUUAAAACAACCUUUCCAUAAUGGAGUCAAGUGCCCUGUUCCCGAGGUCACAUUCAGUGCCAUUGACAUAAAGGAACUAAAGAUUUUAGAUAUCAGAAAAGGCCAUGCUAGGAAUAGCUCUUCUACGAAGGUAAGCAGUGUUCCAGUUGCAGUUCCAAAGGGUGACCCCAGGCCUGUGGAGAAACUCAACUCUCCUCAGCACUGCUCCAAAAGCUAUGGAGAACGUCACCUGGACAUACCUGGCCAGCCAAAAGGAUUUCGUCAAAGACACAACUCCUGGUCAUCUAGUAGCCGAGGGGCAAACCAAGCGACACCGAAAAAGAAUGGGGUGAAAAAUGGUCAGAUGAAGCACAGAGACGACGAGUGUUUUGGGGAUGGCAUGGACGACGGGCUGGAUACAGACUUUGAUUUUGAAGGAAACUUGGCUCUUUUUGACAAAGCAGCAGUUUUCUCAGAAAUCAACAUAUCUGAGCGCCGCAAUGGUGCAAGGUCGCGUGGGACGCCCCAAGAGCAGACCCCUUCACGGUACCGUCAUGAUGAAAACAUCCUGGAGGCCAAACCUAUUGUGUACAGACAGAUUACUGUACCACAGACCGGGGCCAAAGAGUACUGCACUGACUCUGGGCUCGUUGUACCCAGUAUAUCCUAUGAACUACACCAGCGUCUGUUGUCAGUCGCUGAGCGUCAUGGUCUCUCACUGGAGCGAAGGCUUGAAAUGACUGGAGUGUGUGCAAGUCAGAUGGCACUUACAUUGCUGGGAGGGCCCAACAGAUUCACUCCAAAAAAUUUACACCAGCGUCCCACAGUGGCUCUGCUGUGUGGCCCUCAUGUUCAGGGUGCUCAGGGCAUCAGCUGUGGUCGUCACCUGGCCAAUCAUGAAGUGGAGGUCAUCUUAUUUCUGCCAAACUUUGUCAAGAUGCUCGACUCAGUCACCAGCGAGCUCACACUCUUCAACAAGACUAGUGGCAAACAGGUGUCAAGCAUGAAAGACCUUCCAGACACCCCAGUAGACUUAAUCAUAAACUGCCUGGACUGCCACGAGAACACAUUCCUGUUGGAUCAGCCUUGGUACCGAACAGCUGCAGACUGGGCUAACCAGAACCGAGCGCCAGUACUCAGCUUAGACCCUCCUGGUAGGGGACAGGGGCAGGCUGUAGAGGCCAAGUGGUCUCUCUCUCUUUGCCUCCCCCUUCCCCUGGCUGAGGGAGCUGGCAGGGUUUACCUGUGUGACAUAGGUAUUCCUCGCCAGGUGUUCCAGGAAGUGGGAAUCAAGUACAUUUCUCCUUUUGGCUGCAAAUUUGUCAUCCCCUUGCACUCUCCAUAAUGGAACUAAUGGUCAACAGCCCUCCAUGCCCAUUUGGGUUUCGGCACCUUGUAUUCCAGAGUUCAUCCAUCAAGUUUCUAACUCAUCAACAUGUGAAUGGGACCACUGUUUGGUACAUUAGUUCAACCAGGACUAAGUGCAUGUGGGUGGGAUAGGAAAGAGUUUUAUUGAAAAAGUAAAUGUGUUGACCAUCAGAGCAUUCAGCAGUUAUGUAGAUACCAUUGUAUUUACAUGAUAUUACAAUAUAUUUGGAAGAUAGAUUUUUCAGAAAAAUACAGUAUCAAACAUAAUACCACAUAGUCUUCAGUAGUUUUAGAUUGAAUAAGACAAUAUCUGAUUUAAAAUGGAAACAUUUAUUAAUGUCUCUGUAAUCUAGCCUCAUUUCAAAGCCAUCGGUUGAAUGAAAUGGAGAUCCACCAUACGAUACAUGCAAAUGUAUUGUUAUUACUAUAAUCUGGAUGAGACAACAUAAAUCCAAAUUGCAUUGGUGUUACCAUUGCUAAUGGCUUGGUUUAUAGCCUGCCAUACUCUUCAGCACUCUGUUACUGUUGUCUUAUGUUUUAUUAGGAUAGAAAAUCCAUUUAUAUUCCAUUUGAUAAGAUGACACAGCAUGCAAAACCUCUAGCAAUCUUGACUUUUAAUGAAAACCCGUUGCUAAAAUUUUGUCACAAUGGGGAGCCAAAGUCAUGACGUCAUGCCCGGGCUAGCCUCUGUUCCACUAGCUUCGGUCAAUGCAUUCAACAUUUAUUUUAUCGGUCGCGUCAAUACAAUUUGCCAUCCACUACUGCAGUUGUUAUAAGCAGUUGUUACAAUAACAAAGUUAAACGCUUACUAUGUGAGCAUCAAAAAAUCUACUGCUCCCAUGAACGAACUACAAGUGCGGGUACUUCGGUCAUUGUAACUUGGUUUUGUCCAUAUCCAUAAAACGUGCGUAAAGGCCACUAAAAACAAAUAUUGAAUAAUAAAAAUAAAAAACUACUGGCUUUGUCUAAACUCUUGAAGCGAGCCACACAACAUACUGUUGAGAAAGACCGUUUGAAAGCUAGAUUUUUAGUUAUGACUAUAGAGUAGUAACACAUGUCAAUGAGAUUUUGAAUGACAUUUUCUGGGAAUAGAACCCAGAAAGAAGUUGCAGUUUCACUUUGGCUAACUUUGGCUCUCUGUUGUAUGUGUUAAAGGACCAUACCAGAGUGUUUGCAUGUUUCAGUUCCUUGCAAAUCAUGUGUAUUAACAUGUUCUGACCUUUCUUUUAAUUCAGACUACUGUUAAAAAAAAUCUGAUAUAUUUUUCUAUUGGUUUCCAAUUAUUACAGUAUAAAAUAAAUUAGACUCUUAAAGCUCUGUUAUGUUGCUAAUCCAUCGCAGUAAACAUAAAGUCUGCAGUAGUUACAUUUUUUUUGUGUGGUAAUGUAGAUAAUCGCAUAUUUUAAAAAUGUGCACUGCAUUACACUAACAAAAAUGAAUGCAUACUUGACAUUGUCUGUGAUGGACUAAGAGUAUCCUAGUAGAUUUCCAUGUUAUAUUGAAAUGAAUAGAAGCUAAUAGAUGCCUGAAAGACAAAUUGCAUCAACAUUUCUAAAAAAAAAACAGUAGCAUGGUUUUUAGAUGGUUAGUUAAAUGGAAGUGAUUGUAAAUGAUGGUAUGGUCCUUUACGUUUCAAAACCCUUGCAGGUCAGACUGUCUACAGUUUACUUUUUUUUUUAACAAAGUUGUGUUGGUUGACAAAACCAGCAGCCUUUUUCUAAAGUAGAAAUGCUCUGUAUAUUUGGGAUUUGAUCAAGAUGUAACCUCUUGAGUAAUUAAAGAAGAACUGCUUGUUUUGAGCUGCUUCUUGAGGCCUUGACAGAUGGGGUUGUAGGCAUCUCUACUCCUAGAUUUUUUUUUUUUUUUUUGACAACAGAAGUCAACCCCUUUGCUUAUUAUUUAACAAGAUCACCUUCAUUUUGAAAUGUGUCCAGGACAGAUGCUUUACUGGACAUGCACAUUUUGUACACCAACAUGUACUUAAAUCUUGCAUCAUUGAGGUCAGCGUAGUCUAGAAAAGGCUAAAGUGAAGCUGUUUCAGAAGUUACAAAUUAUGUAAUUUGGGAUAUGGUUUAUGGUGUGGUAUUGUGUCCACGCAUUAACUUGUUAACAUCUCAGGAGGAUUAAAAAUAAGUUGUUUUUUCCGCAGUGCACAUUAUCUGCACAGGGUUCACAAACCGAUUCAGUGAAAAUUAGUUUCAUGCACGAAGGGUUUGUCCUUUCUCCAACAUUCCUCCGGCCUGAUGUGUUGUGUCACGUCUGUUGAGACAAGUCUGGCUUGAAAACCUCCACCAGCGUUACUGAAUGUAAGGAGUUGUUUUUUUCUUUGGCCGCCAGGGGGGCAUUAAACCACACUUUGGGUGGCUCUUCCUUGUUCUGUUGUAAUGGCAGCUUUAUGUACUAUUUCUACAAACACUAGUGUUAUUUCUCUACGAAAUGUGAAGCGUCAGAAACCAUGAGGUGGUCUGGCCUUUGUCAGGAAAGCACCUGUUUUAAAAUAAUAAUUGUUUAAACGCAGGUUAUGCUUCUUCUUCUAACCAGUGGGAGGUUUUAUCAGGACAACUGUUUGCUUUUGGGAGCGAAGUCGACGUUCAAAAUACUGUGCAGUCCUCUUGUGUCAUGUCCGCAGAUUGAAACAAUAAAACACUUCCACCGUUGCUCUAA